AUGUUCGCUUUCUUUGAGGGAUGCAGCACGAUACACACCAAAAGGCCUACCCCUCGCGCAUCCAAUGUCGCCUCUCUGAGCCUCCGCUAUGGCCCGCCCUGUCUGGUAGCAUGCGCUGCAGCUGGCUACCUUUCGACCGCGCCCUCGCCGUUCCCUCUGUCCCGUCCAAUCCGCCUCGAUGCAUCCUCGGCAUGGUCCUCUUGGGCCCCAAGGAUACUCUCUGGCAGUCAGAAACAGACUGCACCAACAUCUGCAGGAGCCGCCGAAGAAAAGAUCAACGAACAAAACAAGGACAAGCCGGGAGAGCAGGAUGCACCCCCACAGUCACGCACCUCCAAGGAGGACGGCGAAGAGCAGGCCGACAACACCGACUCUGAGUCCAGUUCGGCAUGGCAGACAAUCAAGAACAGCUUCCCCAGCCCGCCAGACAUCAAGUCGGCGUCGUCCAUCAGCGACACCUUGAUCGACAUGGUCAUUCCGGCCUGGGUGAAGAUGAUGCCCGGUUUCAUCCGGAAACUGCAAGACGAGCUGUCCAUGGCACCAGGCUCGCUGGCCGAAGAGAUCUGGUCCGACGCCAACAACCCCGAGGCCAACCCGGAGAUUGUCUGGGACGCCUCCGUGCGCAUUUCCGAUGAGCUGUGCAAGGAAGAGAAGGCAUUUCGACAGAAGAGGGCCCACUUCACAAAGGCCGCUCUCGCACGCUACCUCGACAUACCCGAAGACACGAUACACCCCGACGAUAUCCCCAUCAUAGCCAUGUGCGGGUCUGGUGGAGGGCUGCGAGCGCUUGUUGCAGGCACAUCGUCAUACCUCUCCACCAAGGAGCAAGGCCUCUUCGACUGCGUCACAUACACCGCCGGUGUCAGCGGUAGCUGCUGGCUGCAGACACUCUACUACUCAGACAUUACCGGGCAGAGUCACGCACGUCUGAUCCGACAUCUGAAGAACCGACUCGGCAUCCACAUUGCCUUCCCGCCAGAUGCCUUGGAGCUCCUCGUCAGCGCCCCCACCAACAAGUAUCUUUUAAGUGCCUUGGUUGAGAAGGCAAAAGGAAUUCCCGAAGCCGAGUUCGGCAUCGUCGACAUCUACGGCGCACUUCUUGCAGCGCGACUCCUCAUUCCGAAGGGUGAACUGUCCGUGAGCGAGUAUGACUUCAAGGUCUCGAACCAAAGGCGCUUCACCGACGACGGCUCCAAUCCUCUACCCAUCUACACCGCAGUGCGACACGAGAUCCCACUAGCCGAACAAGCUAGCAUGACCGACAGGGUAGCCGCUGAGGCGAAAGCCAGGAGAGAAGCGUGGUUCCAGUGGUUCGAAUUCACCCCAUACGAGAUGUGGUGCGAAGAGCUCUCAGCCGGCAUUCCAACGUGGGCAAUCGGACGCCAGUUUGACAAGGGACGAACGGUCUGGCGAGAAAAUGGUCUUGCUCUCCCAGAAGUGCGCGUGCCGCUACUCAUGGGCAUCUGGGGAUCUGCCUUCUGCGCAACGCUAUCGCACUACUACAAGGAGAUUCGGCCUGUGCUGACUGGUCUUACCGGGUUCAGCAGUCUCGAUUCCAUGAUUUCUGAGCGCGACGACGACCUGGUCAAAGUACAUCCCAUCGACCCCGCGUCCAUUCCCAAUUACGCUCUCGGUCUGCGCGAGUUCCUACCAUCAUCCUGCCCGGAGAGCAUAUUCGAGCAGAAGAACUUUCAGUUUAUGGACGCCGGCAUGAGCAACAACCUGCCAAUCUACCCACUCCUCCGGCCCGGCCGCGAUGUCGACAUCCUCGUCGCCUUCGAUGCCAGCGCCGAUGUCCGCACAGACAAUUGGCUCAAAGUCGCCCAAGGCUAUGCCCGCCAACGCGGCAUCAAAGGCUGGCCCGUCGGCGCCGGCUGGCCUCCUGACGACGAAACUAUGGAAGAGCUCCAAGACGACCUCGACAAAGCCCAAGCCAAGUCCGAGCAGCAAGCGGAAUCCAAGAUCUCAGAAGCGCAAGAACAGGACGAAGCCGAAAAGAAGAAAUCGACAAAGAAAAAAGACCUCGGCUUCUGUAACGUCUGGGUCGGCACGACUGAAGAACGCAUCGCAGAGCACGAACCUCCAGUUCACUCCAAACAAGCCGAAGAAGACUGGGAACUCAUGCAUCCCUCAUCUGGCAUCACGGUCGUAUAUUUCCCUUUCCUCGCGAACCCGAAAGUCCCUGGCGUAGAUCCCAAGACGAGCGAUUUCAUGAGUACGUGGAAUUUCGUGUACACGCCUGAACAAAUCGAUGGUGUGGUAAACCUCGCGAGAGAAAAUUUCGCCGAGGGUGCAGAACGCACGAAGAGGACAGUUAGGGCCGUGUAUGAAAGAAAGAAAAAGCUGAGGGAGGAGAGGGAGAAGGAAGAGAGGGAGAGACGGUGGAGGUGGAAGUUGAAGCAGGGAAGGAGUUGGGCAGAGUGA